CAUAUCGACAUUGGCCGUCACACCCGAAGGACUUGUGUACUUUCUUUCAAAUAAAGAUGAAGCAGUGGUUAUUAUGCGUGUUCGCGCUGACGGUGGUGGUGUCAUGCUCCUCACAACAGCAGUACGUCAACCGGUACGACAACUUUAACGCGGACUCUAUCAUACAGAAUGAGCGGAUACUACUCGCCUACUACAAAUGCGUCAUGGAGAAGGGACCUUGCACUAAAGACGGCAAGAACUUUAAACGUGUGCUGCCAGAAACCAUCUCAACAGCUUGCGGUCGUUGCUCCCCGAAGCAAAAGGUUGUCGUCCGUAAGCUACUAUUGGGGAUCAGGGCUAAGAGUGAGCCUCGAUUUUUCGAACUACUUGAUAAAUACGAUCCCAGUCGGUUGAACAGAGAGGCAUUGUACACCUUUUUAGUGACGGGAAAUUAGUUUUAUAAUCUUAAGAUCAAAAUUAAAUAAUUAAGUUUAAAUUAUUAAAAUAUUUUGUAACAAAUUAAUAUAAUAUUCAUUCGUAAGUUUAAGUACAAAGUAGACUGACUUGAUACUUUCCUUUAUUUUUUUAAUAAGUAAAAAAUAAAAAGAAUAAAAGAAAGUUAUCGAUGAAAAAUAAAUAAAUAUUUUAAUGUAUUAAAUUCAUUAAAAAUUAAAAUCAUGUUGAUGUUGAAAUUGCAUUUAAAAUUUUAAUUAAAUCUCUAUUGUGUCUUUAGUAUGUUAAUAACGAUUCGUGAUAUUAAAACAAAUGUCAUAAAAUAAGGUCUAUUAUUAUAACAACUAUAAUUACACGGUUUAUACUAACAAUAAACCUACGUCCAUCAUCAAGUAGAUAUGUUUAUGGACAAUUAUCUCGUGUGUACUAAAAAUCUUUCCAAGAAUGCGAUGUAAACGUGUACAGUCGCAUGGGUAAUAACUUGUGUAAUGAUAAUAGUAUCUAUACUUGUUUAGUAUUAAUUGCUAGAACUUAAGUAUCUUUAAUAUUGUAUUGAGCGUGACUGUACAUGAGAUAUAUAAAAGAGUCAUGAUCCAUUUGUAUCUAAUCAGAUAGAAUCGAAGUUGCAAGAUGA